CCAUCUUUCAAAUUCUUCCCCAUCUCCUUCCAUUUUGUUGUUCUUCGAGUUCGAGCCAAUUUAUCUGUGAAGAAUCAAGAUGCAGAGGCUCUUUGCUGCGAGGACUGCAUGUGCUGCGAUUCUUAGGAGACAGAGACAAUCUGCCUCUUUCUCUUCUGCUCUGCUUUUUGACGAUACUCAACUACAGUUCAAGGAAAGUGUUAAACAAUUUGCUCAAGAUAACAUUGCUCCCCAUGCCUCUAUAAUCGAUCAAACGAACUCUUUUCCGCAGGACGUUAACUUAUGGAAACUCAUGGGGGACUUCAAUCUCCACGGAAUUACUGCACCAGAGGAAUAUGGAGGACUUGGUCUUGGAUACUUAUAUCACUGUAUAGCAAUGGAAGAAAUAAGUCGUGCUUCUGGGUCUGUUGCCCUCUCCUUCGGUGCUCAUUCAAACCUGUGCAUCAAUCAGCUGGUGAGGAAUGGAAGCCCAGCUCAAAAAGAGAAGUACUUGCCAAAGCUCAUUAGAGGAGAGCAUGUAGGAGCUCUUGCGAUGAGUGAACCCAAUGCGGGCUCGGACGUUGUAAGCAUGAAAUGCAAAGCUGACCGGGUGGACGGUGGAUAUAUCAUCAAUGGAAACAAGAUGUGGUGUACUAAUGGUCCUACAGCUCAAACAUUGGUUGUUUAUGCAAAAACGGAUACAAAUGCAGGCUCGAAAGGAAUUACAGCAUUUAUCAUUGAGAAAGGAAUGCCCGGAUUUAGUACUGCCCAGAAAUUAGACAAACUUGGGAUGCGAGGGAGUGAUACAUGUGAGCUUGUCUUUGAAAAUUGCUUCGUUCCUGAAGAAAAUGUUCUUGGACAAGAAGGAAAAGGAGUAUAUGUAAUGAUGUCUGGGUUAGACUUGGAGAGGCUAGUUUUAGCAGCUGGUCCUCUAGGUAUUAUGCAAGCAUGCCUUGAUGCCGUUCUUCCUUAUGUUAAACAAAGAGAGCAGUUUGGUCGUCCAAUUGGAGAAUUCCAGUUUAUACAGGGCAAACUCGCUGAUAUGUAUACUUCUUUACAAUCAUCAAGGUCCUACGUUUAUUCUGUUGCUAGGGACUGUGACAGUGGAAAAGUUGAUCCCAAGGAUUGUGCUGGAGUAAUAUUAUGUGCAGCUGAAAGAGCAACACAAGUUGCUCUGCAGGCUAUACAAUGUUUGGGAGGCAAUGGGUACGUAAAUGAGUACGUAACAGGUCGACUACUCCGAGAUGCAAAGCUAUACGAAAUAGGUGCAGGAACCAGUGAAGUGAGGAGGAUGAUCAUCGGUCGGUCGCUGUUUAAAGAACAAUGAAACAACUUACUCACAUUGAAUUGCUACAGAGAAAACAUCCCAACACUACUCACAACUCAUGAGCCACCAGCAGAGGCCAAGGUGAUUGAGGUCUUUAUUACAAUGUGUAAUUUUAAGGGAACGUUUUUCACAUUUAUCAUCAUAAAUAAUCGUUGCCUCGGCCUGGAAGAAAAUAAAAGGAACGAAAAUCAUUUAGAUCAGUUUA